GUUUAAAUACGGUGCGCGGUUGGUUUGUUCACCGGUAAAGCUUUGGUGAUGUGGAAGGUGCGCUAGAACAAGUACACGUGGUGGAGUGUGCGGAUUUGACCGGGAAGGUGGUGUAUGGGUGGACGUGACUCGCAGCACCACCCCAACUUCAACAUGACUUUAACCCCCACUCCACACAUGUCACAUCCCUCGCCAAGUGUGACCUGAUGCCGUCAUCCCCGUUGAAUCCUCAACCAAGACCGAUGGCUCACUUACCGGGAACCACAAACAUGCCGUACAUGGGCGGACAAUCGCACACCGAUGGAAGCCCGUUUACAGUGUCACACUCGCCAGCCGCAUCCAACUGGCCCGGAUCACCGGGAAUGCCGCGACCAUCAUCACGACCUUGCCAAAAUCCGGACCACAAGGCGAAGACUCCACACCACAAAACUUCCCGCAUUCUGCCAGCUGCAACUGCAGGCCAAUUAUAUCCAUCAGCUGAUUCAUGGCCGCAUCGUGGACAGUCCGGACGCGUUGGCUGAGGUGUACAACUGCUUGCGCUAUUUCUCGCGGUUGAUUGUUUACCACCAAGGACGCGACGUGCAAGUUGAACUCCACGCUGCAACUGCUGUGCGACAAAGUGAGGGACGCGGCCCCGGAAUUUCUGCGCAACCGGCUGAAGGUCGCCCUGCAGGGAACGCUGAUAGAAGUUGA